UUUCCUCACCAAACCACCCUCGCAAAAUAAUCCAUUCCCCUGCCCCAACCACCUCAGCCCCAUCCCAUCCUGCCCCUCUUUCCAAUUGGGCCCACAUCGUGCCAACCCAAGUCGGAGUCCGCUGACCCAGCCUGGGCUGCGCGUAGAUGCACGCGCCACCUCACGCGGGUGUGAAAACUCACUACCCACGCCUUGGCCCUCGCCGCGACAAGGGGCCAGACGGACAGCAAAACAAAUGCCCGCAAAUCCACGAUUUUCUCGUCUCCCACCCAAUUAGAGAUGGGAAGCAAAAAGCACAGCGAAAACGAAAAAAGGAAAAUAAAUAUCCAAAACAAAAGCAAUUAAAACGAGAACAGAAAUAAAUAGAACUAUUCAUAGAGUGGGAGAGAGAGACAAAGGGGACGUUAAAUAAAGAAAACAAGCGGGGGCUUCGGUUAUGUUGUGUCCUGAAAUGGGAGCCAUUUCGGACCUUUGACAGAGUAAUCCCUCCCACCAUGUCCAUGACCUUCGGCAUCCACCACCUCUCCUCCUCCACCAAUCUUUUCCAAAACCAUGAGACAUAAAUAACGCUUUUGUUGUUUUCUUUUCUCAUUUUUGAUUCUUUCUGCUUUGAAUUCGUCGCGGUUGGAUCCAGCCCUCGUGAUCUGGGCGGGGUCCUCUGCCCUCUGCCUAUCUUCGUAACCCGAUUUAUUUAUUGGGUUGGUUGUGGGAUUCCAGCUAGAGGGUGUUGCUGAUUUGAGCCGGUUGUUUAGAGUUCGGGGAGUUUUGUUUUUGCUUUUGGGGGAUUAUGUGGAGGGACGCUGGAGCUCCUGCGGAUUCUUUCUAUGAGGUUCGGUCUGAGUGCACCGAUGUUCCAAAAACCCGAUUCAAAAUCAAGGCUGGUAAAACUCUAAGUGCAAGAAGAUGGCAGGCUGCAUUUACUUCGGAAGGUUAUCUUGAUAUAGGCAAGACACUAAAUAGGAUCCAACGUGGAGGUAUACAUCCAUCUAUUAGAGGAGAAGUUUGGGAAUUUCUACUUGGUUGUUAUGAUCCAAAGAGCACAUUUGAUGAACGAGAUCAAAUACGACAACAUCGAAGGAGGCAAUAUGCUAUGUGGAAAGAAGAGUGCCGUCAAAUGUUCCCACUCAUCGGAAGUGGUAGGUUUAUCACUGCACCCAUUAUCUCUGAAGAUGGACAGCCCAUUCAAGAUCCUUUAGUACUUUUAGAAGGAAAUACAGAAAAGGAGCUGCAUUUACCUCCUCAAGUAAAUGGCCAAGCUGAAAUCUCCGAGGCUUCAACUGGCAAUAUGUCAGGUGGUAAUGCCUUUAUUAGUGUAAAUGCAAACUCCUCCUACAGUUCAGAAACAGUAGAACAGCCUAUUAGUCGUGGUCCUCUAGAUAAGAAAGAAAUUCAGUGGAAGCUUACACUGCAUCAAAUAGGUCUUGAUGUGGUUCGCACUGACAGGACAUUGGUGUUUUAUGAGAAGCAAGAAAAUCUGUCUAAACUUUGGGAUAUUCUAGCUGUUUAUGCCUGGAUAGAUAAAGAUGUUGGCUACUGUCAAGGAAUGAGUGAUCUUUGCUCCCCCAUGAUAAUUCUUUUUGAAGAUGAAGCAGAUGCCUUUUGGUGCUUUGAACGCUUGAUGCGGAGAUUGCGAGGAAAUUUCAGAUGCACUGAGAGUUCUGUCGGAGUGGAGGCGCAACUUAGUAAAUUAGCUUCAAUUACUCAAGUAAUUGAUCCAAAACUUCAUCAACACUUAGAGACACUGGGCGGAGGUGACUAUCUAUUUGCUUUCAGAAUGCUCAUGGUCUUGUUUCGUCGGGAGUUCUCUUUUGGCGACUCAUUGUUCCUUUGGGAGAUGAUGUGGGCUCUGGAAUAUGAUCCCGACUCGUUCUCCAUGUAUGAAGAAACUGAAUCAGCCAAUGACAGAGGUGAGGGAUCCAAAGGGAAAAAAUCAAUACGCCAGUGUGGGAAGUUUGAAAGGGAAAACAUGAGAAAUGCAGGAAAGAAUGCCUCAGCACCCCUUCCAAUUUCUGUUUUUCUUGUUGCCAGUGUCUUAAAAGAGAAAAGCUCAAAGCUACUGCAAGAAGCUAGGGGCCUGGAUGAUGUUGUUAAGAUAUUGAAUGACAUAACUGGCAGUCUAGAUGCUAAAAAGGCUUGCACUGGGGCAAUGAAACUUCACAAGAAAUAUCUAAAAAAGGCUAAGAAGACGUGACACAUUAAUCAAAGCAUAAAUUUCAGAAGAUAGAAAUUAUUUUUUUGACAGGUCAAGAAAUAAUCACGGCAUAAGAUUGUUUGGCAACUGUCAAUAACAGACUUCAUUUUAAUCUCGGCUGGGUGUUUGCUAUACCGACUGUUUGAAUAUCCAGAUGAAGCAAUUGUUGUAUGUGAAAAUUCCUGAUUUGUAUAUUUGGUACAUUUUUUUGUAAGGUGAAUACACGAAUCUCUAUUAUACUACCCGAUGGUUUGAUUUGUGUGUAAUUAUGGCUUAAUUGAAUAAAAAAGUUUUAGUUCA